AAUAGAGCGCAGUGUCUACUUUUGUGGGAUUCCAAGUUUUACUUUUAUUCAUGACUUUUGAGGUUUUUGCCUCGGCUGCCGCCGCCUCAUACGUAAAAUGCGUAUGCGCACAGUGUUUAGUUUGGACCAGCGCGACCAAGCCGGUCCUCACUGCGGACACACUAGCCAUCUGUUGCCUGUGUGAUGACGCCAUCUUUCUGGUGACCCACCCAGUGGCUUGCUGGUUUAAAAACAAUGUUUGCCUGAGCGCUGGGAUGGCAGCCAUCCGUAAGAAACUGGUGAUAGUUGGCGAUGGAGCUUGUGGGAAGACCUGCCUCCUGAUUGUCUUCAGCAAGGACCAGUUCCCUGAGGUCUAUGUCCCCACUGUGUUUGAGAACUAUGUUGCUGACAUAGAGGUGGACAGCAAACAGGUGGAGCUGGCUCUCUGGGACACAGCGGGUCAGGAGGACUACGACAGGCUGAGACCCCUCUCCUAUCCAGACACUGACGUCAUCCUCAUGUGCUUCUCCAUAGACAGCCCUGACAGCUUGGAAAACAUUCCAGAGAAGUGGACCCCAGAGGUGAAACAUUUUUGUCCCAACGUUCCCAUCAUCCUGGUAGGAAACAAGAAAGACCUUCGUAAUGACGAGCACACGCGCCGUGAGCUGGCCAAGAUGAAGCAGGAGCCAGUGAAAUCAGAGGAGGGUCGGGACAUGGCCGGUCGCAUUGCAGCAUUUGGAUACAUGGAGUGCUCUGCUAAAACAAAGGAUGGCGUGCGGGAGGUGUUUGAGAUGGCCACCAGGGCGGCACUGCAGGCUCGCCGUGGAAAGAAGAGCAAUAAAUGUGUACUGUUGUAAAAAGCCAACAUAUUCGGACUGUUUUCGCCUGGGGCUACUGUACCUGGGGCUAGGGCUCGGGAGGGAAUGAGGGAAUACUAGAUGGGAGAGGGAGGGAGGGCAAAAGAGUGCAGUAAAUGACUACUGCUGUAAAAUGGCUGUUUGUUGGACUGAAUUUACCCUUGGACUGGUUUUGGGAACCUUUGAUGGAGAUGGGUGGGUAGAUGGCUGGAUGGGGGUAGGCGGAGCACAGUAAAUGACUACAGCAAACAGGUUCUCAACCUGUGGGCUUUAACCAUCAAGGUGGGAAACUUACAUCAGCCACUAGCCAAAUGCUGGGACAGAUCUAUCUUGUCAACAUGCCACUUAGACUGAUGAAGAGAAAGAAUAAUAGGUGACUGGUAAAACCGAUUUAAGGUGCUGGAGAAUCAUGGGAGGUUCCAGCGAUUGUUCAGUGGGGACAACAAAACUUUAGUGUUUAAAGUUAGUGUCCUGUCUGGAUGACCUAUGGAUGGCACAGUAUAUUAGUACAGUUCUAAACUGUAAAGGGCAACUAGUGGAUGUAUCGCCAGGUGUUAAUACCUGUGUGUGGGUACCUGUGCACAGCUGGACAGAUGAAGGAACCAGAGCAAAUCUGCUUGUAAAAUGCUAAAGUCAUCUGGGAAGGUUGUUUAAACAUGGCCCCAGCAACAGACAAAUCACCAGUAAUUAAUGCCCCGUGCUGUCCGACGCUCUGACAGUUCUGGUCUGUGUGUUACAUUGUCAGUGAGGCAUGGAGCCACAUGCUCACAUGUGCAGCUCGUGCCGUUAUUAGUCUCUGUUACUGCUAAUCCCAUGCUUACAGUGACAAACACAUUGAACUGUACUCUCACUGAGACAAUCUGUUGGUGUCACAUAAUGGUGAAUACUAUUGUUUGCAGAUAAAACACAGAUAAAUCUAAAAGUUUGCUGUGCAGGAGCACCUGUAUUCCAGCUGCUGCUUUGAGUGUCCCACAUCUUACCAUAGCAGUGUUUUAGUAGACAGGACAAAGUUAAUUUACCUCCAGUGUGAUGCCCUCAGACACUAACCUGUCCACAUGCUGGGGAAUAUAAACUGCAUUUAAUUUUUCUUCACUAUAAAGGAUCUGAUCAAACUGCUAAGUUGACAGUUGCAGGUGAUUUGUGGUUCCAGAGAAUGACAAAGGUCGUGGCUUCCUGCCCUGAUUAGUACAACCUGAGCGCACGGCAUGUGGCUCAGCUCCAGACCCUCCCUAUUCCACAUAGCUGACUGCUGGUGCUCAUCUUCCCCUGGUUUUAGACCAGGACGAAGAACAAGGAGAGGAGAUUAUUUCGUGUUUACAUGCACACCACUGAUCUCCUUAUUUGGGAUGAAUGACUUCAUAUUUUUUGUUUAGGCGUGCAUCAAGGUCAAAUAUACAAAACCAGAAGUUUUGUUAAUAAGUAAUGAAAAGCAAAUGACUGGGGUGUAAUACGUUCUCUACAUUAGCCAGAUAGAUGUUUGGUGCAACUCUAUCACUGACAAGCAGAGUAAGAUUUAAGCCCCCUUUUUAUAGGUAGCCAGUCAUAUUGGGCGUUUACCAAUCACCAGCCUUCCUAAGUUUUCAGGCUUCCUCCAGUGUUGUACCCUCCUGUUCUUCUUCCUGUUCUACUGGGAAGAGCCUGUUCCAGAAACCUAGACUUGUGGUUUGUUUUUAUACUUUAUUCCCCACUUAAAAAAAUCCUAAAUAUAUUGUCUCAGUAUUUAAAGAAAAACAGUAAAAGAUGGAAAACUAGGGGACUGCUUAUGUGUUGUCGCUUUAGGUCAUUCUUCUUUUGUGCUUUACCAGAGUUGUUAUGAUGGCUUAAUUGGUUGUAAGGACCCAUCAAUCAUCCCUGCCAAAUGCUGUUGUUAGGCAGUCAGGAGAAAGGCUGGCCUCUCGGCUGCCUGUCUAGAGCGUCGCUAGGACCACAUGUGCUAGCUCUUUUUCUGUUUGUUUGUUUUGAGCACAAACUAGGCUGAAAUUGACAAAAAAACAUAAAUAAAAUUUUUAUUUCUUUUUUUUUUUUUUUAAUCCUGCUUUUGGAUGCUGAAGCAGUGAUGUAAACAAAGGAACAGGAAAACUAAGCUGUAUGCAAAGUCUGUAAAUAUAAAAUGUGGGUUUGUUCUUGGUCGACUAUACACACGCACAGGACUGGAAACUGUAUUUGUAAACUAGCUUGGGUUUAUGUAAUAAAUUACUUUCUACAGCA